AAUUUAAUAUAAAGAAACGCUUCUAUAAAUAUUUCAAAAGUGAAAGCAUUAAUAGCAUGGUUAUACAUACUGUUUCGCAUUGGCAAAAGUGUUGAAUUUUCUUUUCGUUGUCGUAGUGAGAAAAUAUUACAAAUCUGCACAACAUAAGAAAAGUUUAAAGGAAAAGAAAGAUAAACGAUAAAGUAAAGUGACGGCAGCGACGACUAUCAACAGCACAAGCAAAUCAAAAAGAAUAUUGUGCAAAAUAACGAGCUGCAAGGCCCAGUAUAACUCAACGAGUAACGAGUUGCCACCGUAGAAUCAAGUGCCAAUGUGUGGUGCGACCUUCUGGCCUCGGGCUAUCUUAAGCCAAAUAUUGAAAUUAAAAAAUUGUGCUUAAAGUAUAAAAUCUAGUUUAUUAACAAUAGCAAAAAUAAUAUUUGGUUGAGUUGGGUGAUCUAAACGCUGUCGGAGGCAGCAUUGCAACAACGCGCCUCUAGAUUUAGUGUAGGAUUGCAGUGUACUGCAACUACACAAAUAUAUAUCAAAAAGACGAAUUUUGUAAGAAAAAGGAGAAAAGAGAACGUUGUAACAGAUUUUCACUUGGUUGAUGUGCGACAGUAAAUGUAUCAGCGGAAAUGAUUUGUAAAAAGGACGUUAUCCAAUGGUUUAAAGAACUCGAGAGUUAUAAAAGGAUCGACACGAUGUGCACUUUGCUUAACAUGUGUUUACCGUUUGAGUUACGGUUCUUAGGGACAUGCCUAGAAGAGUUGGGCCGGCGCGAUUCGCAAGAGUUGCGUGGCAUGGAAUUAAGAGUGAAUAAUCCGCAAGAUUUGGCAUCUGAUAUGGUUGCAUGUCAGAAAGGCGAACCAACUGAUAAGAAAAUAAGGCGAAAAAUGGCGCUUUAUUUAGCAUUAAUACGAGCUUGCAAUCGUACCUGUGUGACGGAGAUAUUUCGAACGUUGGAUGGUUGGGGUGACAGAGACUUUCUUAAUAUGAAUGACUCAGAUACUUUACAGGAACUUUUAUUGGUUUACACUAUGGCAGCAAAUCAUCCGGUGUUUUCAUUUGAUCAGCAAUGCAAAUGCACUCAAAUUUUUGAGAAAAUUAAAGAAAACAAGUUGGUGGCGGAUUUUCAAUCUCCGCUUCCUCAACAGCCGAGUAUUGACCCAACGCUAGUUCAUACUCAACAUCAGCAGGAACCACGUCAACAUUUGCCUCCGUCCCACCAGGAAAUUCCACAGCAGUUACUUCAUGCAAUGCAUAUCCCUGGACAACCGCAUCCACAAAUAUUAACACCCGUCAACAUCAUGCCAAUGACAUUUCCACAAGGUCUUCAUAAGAUCAUUCAAGCAGAUGGAACAAUGCAACACCCUGUUCCUGUUGAUCCUCAUAUGAUUCCAUUAAAUGUCAUUCCAACUGAGUCGAAUCCAAUUUUUCAGCCAACAUGGCAACGGAUGUAUCCCCAAACGGUUGAGCAUCCACCGCAGUCGGCAUCGCCGAUGCUAAGCCAACAAUCGUCUCCAUCAAGUAGUCGAACCACAAGUCCAAAUCGGAAUGCAAGUAGCAAUAUGAUGCUACCUGGUAUGCAGUUGCAAUCACGAAAUAUGCCACAAAGAAUGAGUGCCUCAUUGAAAAAUGUUAGGCGUCCAUCAGCUGAAACUACACCACCACCAAUGGGACAACAGCAGCAUCAACAACUGAUACACGACAUUAAUAUGACAACCAACAUAAAGAAUAUAGAUGAUGGUGUAGCAAGCAACGAAGGCACCGGUAAUCCUCUACAGGCGUUGAUUCGCAAUGGUUAUCCACGCCGGCAUAAGUCAGGCAAUUAUACACCGCUUAUUCAUCAGCAGCAACAACAAUUAGCGGUGAAUCCACAUUUCCAACCGGUAACAAAUUUCGCUGCUCUAGCUUAUUCAAUGCAGAAUAUGUCAAUGUCUGAUGGCGCUGGUACUGGUUUAGAUACCACAUUAGUACCGGGAUCGUUAAACGCGAAUAAAAGUGGUGGCAGUGAUACAGGUAGUUCCAAUGGUUCGUGUGGUGACGCUUCACCGCCAGAAACACCAACGCUUUCAGGUACUACAAAUGUACCUGGCUUACGACUUGGUAGUGAAAAUCAACUGCAAAAACAUCAACAGUUGGGCUAUAAUAAACAGACGGGGAAUACAAGGCUUAACGGACGCUCAGAUAAAAUGAUUUCAGCGAAUGUUGUUGUAAAUUCCGUUAGCACGGCUGCAAGUGGUAUGUAUACAACACCAAUGAUGAAUACACAUCCGGCGCUAACGCAACAGUCACAACCAAUGUAUGGUGCUGAAAUUAUUUUAGCAUCCGGUGGUAAUGCUGGUGGCAUUGGUUUGAUGCAAACAUCGCUGGCCAAUAACAAUAAUAGCGGCGGCAUUGGCAAUAAUAUUGCAGUUGUUAAUACGACUUCAAAUAUCGGCACCAGUAAUAAUAAUCUAGCCACUAAUCCCGUUUUAAUGAGUUCCCCAUCGCCGGGUGUCGCUGGUGGUGGUGGUAGCAUUAUAACAAAUAUGACACCGAAUCCGCUUAUCCUGCCCACGCCACAUCAACAGCAAUAUAACGCCACCUACCCAUAUCAUGCAGCGCCUACUGCCCAACAUCAGCGUUUGAUGAGUCAUACCGGUGGUCCAGCACCGCCACAAUUACGACUUAUGCCGAACGAACACAUUUAUUCAUAUUAUCAAAUACCAGGCGCGGCACCGCCCGGCGCGCCUCCCCUCGCAUUACGUCCGACUAAUGCGUUGCCACCCCCACCUAAUACGAAUGUGACAUCGGGUGUUACAGGUGUGCUGCAGGUGCAGCAACAACAGCCCACUGCGCAGGCGCUUCAAACUAAUCCAACUAUUGUCGCCAGUCCAACGAUAUUGACUGGUGGUACGCCGUACAGCACGCAGGCAGCGCAAAUUGUCAGUAAUAAACAUUUAUCGUGUUACAAUUGUGGUUCGCAAAGUCAUAGUGGGCCCGAUUGUCAAGAAGCGUCCAUGGAGGACGUUACCCGCAGCGCUAUAUAUAAAUUAGACUAUUCCGGCUCGUCGAGUGCGUCACCAACUGUGUCGUCGGGUGCGAAUAGUGUGACCGUUGGUAGUGCGGGCACUGGCGGUAUUGGCGGUGCUGCUGCUGGUGGAGGUGGAGGUGGAGGUGGUGCUGGUAGUGGCGGUAGCACUGGUGGUGGUGUGGCUAUAACAGACUCUUUGCAAAUACAACAUCACCCGCAACAACAACAACAACAACACCAUCAAAAACAACACACAGUGGAAGUAACUGGUGCAACAUUGGUCGGUACACAGUCGAGUGCGACCACACUACAUUCGUCCACGCCCGUCGCCAGUGCAGUGAACACAAAGUGAAGUUAUGUUUGGCAAAUUUUUGAGUGCGGUGUUUGAAAACUGAAAAAAAAACAUAUACACUCAUCAUCAGCAUGUCUAUAACUCGUAUGUGUUAUUCAAACUUAACUAUUAUCACUCCCGAAAAGUUGAUAAAAAAGUCAUGGCGGGUUGGGAAGACAAACUGAAAAUAUAGUGUAAUGAUAGUUGAGGCUUGCCAGCUCUUUGCUGUGCUUGCAGUAUAGAGAUUUAUACAGUUAUGAUUAGCGGAAAUCAAAUUUCACGCUUCUCCUAGCGCAUAAGAUUUAAAAUUAGUGAAACUUUUUAAUAACAAAUGAUUAAUACAUAUAUACAUAUUUCAAUGUUGAAUAAGACUUAAUUAAUUAAUUAGCGCGUGUAACAUCUGAAAUCGAGUUAAAGAGGUAUAACAAAUGCAAAGGGUUUGCUAAACUUAUUAUACGGAUA